GUCAUGUGACCCAGUACCCAUAAUAAUGAGUAUCGCAUGACUAAUUGCUAGGUUUAUUGUGCAAAAAGUAACUGUUUUAAGUGUACAUAAAUAUUAUUAAUGUUGUUGAUAGACCCUAAAUUAGUAGACUGAGACUAAAUCUACCAUAUUAUCCCACAUCUGGAGCUUCUAUCAUGGCGGAAGUGGAGCAGCAGGGAAGAAAAUUAAGUGAAGAAUCCACGGAUGAGUCAGAGGAGGAGGACACAGAGGAGGAGCCUAAACUGAAGUACGAGAGGCUGGACAAUGGCAUGACAGAGAUCUUGCAGAAGGAUGCAGCCAGCUGCAUGACAGUGCAUGACAAGUUCCUGGCUCUUGGGACACACUUUGGAAAGGUUUACCUUUUGGAUAUUCAAGGAAAUGUUACACAGAAGUUUGAAAUUAGUUCAGUGAAAAUAAACCAGAUCAGUUUGGAUGAGAGUGGCGAUCAUGUUGGCAUCUGCUCUGAAGAUGGAAAGGUGCAAGUGUUCGGCCUGUACACUAGGGAGGGCUUCCAUGAAAACUUUGACUGUCCCAUCAAGGUCGUGGCGCUACACCCUCAGUUCAGCAAAUCCAACAAUAAACAGUUUGUGACUGGAGGAAAUAAGCUUUUGCUUUAUGAGAAGAACUGGCUGAACCAUUGGAAGACCUCUGUUCUACAUGAAGGAGAGGGAAACAUCACCAGUGUGAAAUGGAGAGCCAACCUCAUUGCCUGGGCAAACAAUGUGGGUGUGAAAAUUUAUGACAUCAGCAGUAAACAGCGCAUCACUAAUGUGUUGCGGGACAACACCAGUCUUAGGCCGGAUAUGUACCCCUGCAGUCUGUGCUGGAAAGACAACACCACGCUGAUCAUCGGCUGGGGCUCUUCUGUUAAGAUAUGUGUUGUUAAAGAGCUUGACCCAACAGAAAUGAGAGAUCUACCCAGUCGCUAUGUUGAGAUUGUGUCAGCAUUUGAGACCGAGUUCUUCAUUAGUGGACUGGCGCCUUUGGCCGAUCAGCUGGUCACUCUGUUCUAUGUCAAGGAGAACUCAGAGCACAUGGUAGAGGAGGAGUUCAGAACACGGCCUCAUUUAGACAUCAUCCAGCCGUUACCCGAGGGCUGUGAGGAGAUCUCAUCAGACGCUCUCACUGUACGCAACUUCCAGGAGAACCAGUGCAGGGACUACCGGCUCGAACACUCUGAGGGAGAGUCUCUGUUCUACAUCAUCAGCCCUAAAGACAUUGUAGUGGCUAAAGAAAGAGACCAGGAUGACCACAUCGACUGGCUUCUGGAGAAGAAGAAAUAUGAAGAAGCACUGAUGGCUGCAGAGAUCAGCUUCAGAAACAUUAAACGGCAUGAUGUACAGAAAAUUGGAAUGGCGUACAUCAAUCAUCUGGUGGAGAGAGGAGAUUAUGAUGCAGCUGCCAGAAAGUGUCAAAAAGUGCUUGGAAAGAACAUGGAUCUCUGGGAGAAUGAAGUGUACAGGUUUAAAACCAUUGGACAGUUGAAAGCCAUCAGUCAGUACUUACCAAGAGGAGACCUUCCUCUUCGACCAGCAAUUUAUGAGAUGAUACUUCAUGAGUUCCUCAAGACUGACUAUGAGGGUUUUGCCACACUUGUUCGCGAGUGGCCAGGAGAGCUGUACAACAACAUGGCUAUAGUUCAGGCAGUGAAUGAACACCUGAAGAAGGACCCCACCAACAGCACGCUUCUCACCACACUGGCCGAACUCUACACAUAUGAUCAGCGUUACGAUCACGCUCUGGAGAUCUACCUGAAACUGAGACACAAAGAUGUUUACCAACUCAUUCACAAACACAACCUAUUCUCCACCAUCAAAGACAAGAUUGUCCUGCUCAUGGAUUUCGACAAAGAGAAAGCUGUUGACAUGCUGCUGGAUAAUGAUGAUAAAAUAUCGAUGGACAAAGUGGUGGAGGAAUUAAAAGACAGACCCGAGCUGUUACAUGUGUAUUUGCAUAAGCUGUUUAAGCGGGACCAUCAUAAGGGGCAGAAGUACCAUGAGAGGCAGAUCAGUUUGUAUGCUGAGUAUGAUCGACCCAACCUACUGCCCUUCCUCAGAGAGAGCAUGCACUGCCCACUAGAGAAGGCUUUGGAAAUCUGUCAACAGAGGCACUUUGUAGAAGAGACAGUCUUCCUGCUCAGUCGUAUGGGAAACUGCAGACGUGCCCUGCAAAUGAUCAUGGAGGAGCUGGCGGAUGUAGACAAGGCCAUUGAGUUUGCUAAAGAGCAGGAUGACAGAGAACUCUGGGACGAUCUCAUCUCUUACUCUAUAGACAAACCACCAUUUAUCACAGGCCUCUUGAAUAACAUUGGAACCCAUGUGGACCCCAUCCUUCUCAUUCACCGCAUUAAAGAAGGGAUGGAGAUUCCUAACCUUAGAGACUCACUGGUUAAGAUUCUACAAGACUACAAUCUACAGAUCUUACUGAGAGAGGGCUGUAAGAAGAUCCUGGUGGCAGAUUCACUGUCUCUUCUACAGAGGUUGCACAGGACACAGAAGAGAGGAGUGCGGGUGGAUGAAGAAAACAUCUGUGAAUCCUGCCACACUCCUAUUUUACCAUCAGACACGGCUCAGGCAUUUGGUGUGGUGGUGUUUCACUGCAGACACAUGUUCCACAAGGAGUGUCUGCCGUCCCCUGGGAACGUCGCAGGAAUACAGUAUUGUAACAUCUGCAGUGCAAAGCGGAGAGGACCAGGCAGUGGCAUACUGGAGAUGAAGAAAUAAUCAUUCCUACUAGUAGAAUAAGAGUUAUCAAUAAUUACCACUCUCUCCUCAGAACCUGUCAACAAUCAUAAAAUGAUCUUUCCUUUACUAACUAUUUAUUAAUGCAAGCUUGAGAUUGCUAAAUUUUGUUUCAUAAAAGCACCAAUAAAGCAGUCGUAUAAUCUA